UCCGUCGUCGCUACCGACCGCAACGCCAUGAAGGUCUCUGCAGGUGUGGCCGUCGCCGUUUUCGCCGUCCUGGCGCUCUCGUCGCUCGUGGAAGCCCAGAGAGGGUGCUUUCCUGGGCAGCAGAGGAUGCAGGCGUGCAACACGUGCUUCUGCACCCCGACUGGAGUGUGGGCGUGCACGCGCAGGGGCUGCAUCGGGAAGAGAGAGGCGAGGUGUACUCCGGGCACGACGUUCAAGAACCAGUGCAACACCUGCCGCUGCAGCGCCGACGGGCAGCAGGCGCUCUGCUCCAGGAAGGCCUGCCCUCCUGGUAGCGCCUGAAGAGCUGAGACGGCCGAAACGUUCAUGCAUACCGUGACCCAGGAACCGUAAUCUUCAAGAACAAGCUGUUGGUCCAAAGAAGUUGGCAGCCGUGUUGUCAGAAGUUCAGGCAAUCAUUCCCUGUUGCCGUCGCAGUUAUGGGAGAUCUGUGCGGCGAUGUGCUUCUUUGUAGCAUGCUGAAGUGUAUGCUCAGAACACAGCGUUUCCAGAGUCACAAUAAAUAAAUAAAUAAAUAUAGUCAAUCAUAA